UGGCCCACCCGGGCCUCCGCAGUGCCUCAUCUCGAUCGCACAGCAGCUACAGCUGCAGAAGAAGGAAAGGGUGUGUGUGUUCGUGUCCUCCUGCCAGAGCAAUGGCGUCACGUAACGGAGCUGGACCCUUGGGCGCGGCGGCGUUCCUGGCCGUGGCCGCGCUGCUGGUCGCCGCCGGGGUGGCGGCGGCGGAGGCGGCGAGCAAGUUCGACGACGUGGUGCAGCCGAGCUGGGCGAACGACCACAUGGUGUACGACGGCGACCUCCUCAAGCUCCGGCUCGACGCCAACUCGGGCGGCGGGUUCGUGUCCCGGGACAAGUUCCUCUACGGCAAGGCCAGCGCCGACCUCAAGCUCGUGCCGGGGGACUCCGCCGGUGUCGUCACCGCUUUCUAUUUGUCGUCGGCCGGGGACAAGCACAACGAGUUCGACUUCGAGUUCCUGGGCAACGUGACCGGCGAGCCGUACCUGGUGCAGACGAACCUGUACAUCGACGGCGUGGGCAACCGGGAGCAGCGCAUCGACCUGUGGUUCGACCCCACCGCCGACUUCCACACCUACGCCGUGCUCUGGAACCCCAGCCAGGUGGUGUUCAUGGUGGACGACACCCCCAUCCGCGUCUACGAGAACCACCAGAACGCCACCACCGUCCGGGGCGGCCACCACCGCCACGCCAACGGCACCGCCGCCGCCACCGGCUCGUCGCCGUUCCCGGGCCCCCAGCCGAUGGCCGUGUACAGCUCCAUCUGGAACGCGGACGACUGGGCGACGCAGGGCGGGCGCGUCAAGACGGACUGGUCGCACGCGCCGUUCGAGGCCACGUUCCGGGAGGUGCGCGUGGACGGCUGCGCCUGGGCGGCCAACGCCACGGACACGGACGCCGGCGAGGUGUCCCGCUGCAGCGAUUCCUCGUGGGGCAAGGAGGGCCGCUACUGGUGGAAGGAGAAGGAGAUGUCGGAGCUGACCGUGCACCAGAGCCACCAGCUCGUCUGGGCGCGCGGGCACCACCUCGUCUACGACUACUGCGUCGACACCGACCGCUUCCCCGUGCAGCCGCCCGAGUGCGCCGGCCGCUGAUGAUGGCCUGGUGGUGAUCGAUCGUCGACGGGUGGGGGGGGGAUGAUGUGUCGUCAUGGAACUGCUGGUUUCUUUCACUAGCUCUGGGUUCGUGCGUUCCGGAUGCAGCAAUGUGUUUGCGUUGGCUUGGCUGCCGUGUGUGUGUGGUGGUGAUUCUCGGGUUCUGUUCUGUUAGCGGAGGUGUCUUUUGUAAAAACAAGUUGAUGGGAAUGAACGAUGCUGCUGCUCUCUGUUCAAGAGAUUUGUUUC